GGAGAGGCAGAAAAAUGGAUAUGUUACAUAAAGUGGUGAAUUUCUGCAUCCAACACCAAACCGUUCUUGGUUACAGCACCAUGUCCCUCCUGACGGCUGCCAGUGAGUUCAUCUUCUCAUCUGUGGUGUUCAAGUGUCCCUGCAAUUCUUGGAACUUGGUAUAUGGUUCCUCCUUCCUCUUUGCUCCUGCCCUCGUGCUCUUGCUGCUCGGCUGCAUGGUGAAUGUCAGGAUAUGGCGUCUGUUGACAGGCAAAUGUUCUCCAGAGAAGCAGUGCAUUUCCUGUGGAACCUGUGCCCGCUACUGCCAGCUGUUGGUGCCAAUGGCAGCCAAAACCUUGGUGGCCCCGCUCACCUGGAUAGUGGUGGCCCUGUUAGGAGCCAACUUCUACGAGUGUGCGGCCAGCGGAAGCAUACAGAUACAACGCUUCUUCUGUAAAGAUAAUGCGAUUAACUUCAGCUGCCAAAAAAUCCUGUCCAAAAUACCCUGUGAUAAAGAAUUAUCAGCAAAGCUAUCAAGUGAAUGGCUCAGCCUCCAGGCACAGUCCCAGGUGAUAGGAUGGUUCCUGAUAGCCAUCAUCGUGACUGUGGCACUGAUUUCAACAUGUGCCAGCCACUGUUGCUCCCCGGUUAGCUAUCUUCAGUUCAUGUUCUGGAAAAGUUACACAGAAAAAGAAGAUGAACUCUUUGAGAUGAAAGCCAAAGAGCAUGCAACUGAGCUAGCAGAAAGAAAUACAAAUUGCUUUUUUGAAGCCACUGACCCAGCACCAUUUCAUACCCCCAGCAAUGAAGACUGGCAGAAGAUUUCAUUGUUGUAUACCUUUAAUUCAGAUAAGCAGUAUUACAGCAGGAUACACAAGUAUGUGGACACCAACAGAGUCAACAGCACCGAAUCAAGGGAAGAUGAAUCUCACUGAUUUAGCAUUUGUGGAUGAAACUUAAGCAGGAUUUUCAUGGUUGUAAUGAAACAAUUCCUUUAAAAUGCUGGCAGUCCUUUAACCCUAUUGAUAUAAGAAGAAUCUUGCUCUCUGCUCUUACUGUAAUCUAUGCAAACUGAAAGUGAAAGCUGACAGUUGUAACCCUCAGCAAAUGUGCUUUUAAAUACAUUUUAAUCCUUUUGCUUAAGUACAUUUAAAUAGGAAUUUUCUUAUGUUGUUGUCCAUAUGUAAAAUAAGCAGCAUGCACAAAAAUGUCUGCACUUAUGUCAAAUUAUUACUGAAACCUUAAAAGCACUUGGCAGGUGGAGUGACAAUACCAAACCUUAUCAAAGAGACAAAAAAAGGAAUGGAAGAUUUGACCAGAAAUUCAGCUCAGUUUAUUAGCUCUCUCUUUAUAAUGAAGCUUUCAGUGAUGCUUAUAGCAAGCUGUAGAUUAAGAAAUUUUGCUUGUCUUAAGGGGUUAGGCUCAUGCAUAACAUGGCGGUGUAGGUGGAGCUUAUUAACAAAUGUUAAAAGCACAUUCAUACAUUUAAGGACAUUAAAAAUCUGCCAUCCAUAUUAGCAAGUAGUAAUAUUCUUAUCAAAGAACAUCUUACUAUAAGAAAUAAAGAUAAAAGAUUUGAGUGAAGAAUAAUAAAAUUCACUUUUCUUCUGAAAAGCUGUUGUUUAAGAGAGCAUUUUAUAUA